AUGCCGCGCAACUUGAAUGACGCGUCCUCACUCAGUGUGGCAACGUUGCCACGCAAAGCUGUCGCGAUGGGGUUUGGGACAAGGCUUAUCAUUGGUCGGUAUCCCCUUGGCGAUGACACAACACCGUCGCCACACAAUUCCGUCAUGGUCGAUGACGGGCAGAUCGUGCGCGCGGUGGCUUUCUUGCAAAUCCCUGAUGGCCCUCUGUGCGUUCUGAGCGCAGGGGACAAGAAGUUUAUCAACGUGUACAAUGUGUCGUCGAGGAAGCAGAACAACCCGAAUGCACUUCAGAACUCGUCGGAAGAAGACGAUGACGAGGGCAGCACGGACACCGCAGACCUCAUGGACAGCGAGGCGCGCAGGAAGUCUACGACAAACGCAGGGCCGGCGUUGUUCAAGAAGAGUCAGCUAGCCAAGGCAGAGUAUUGGAAGCCGUUGUACCAGUACGGGCCGCACACGAAGCGCAUCACCUCGCUGGCUACCUGCUCGGAGGGGACAAUUGUGUAUGCCGACAAGUUCGGCGAGGUUUACCGCAUUCGCUUGAGCUGGUCACCAUCGCACACGAUCGAAGUGGACGGUGACGCAACGAAGCCCGCUGUGUUUCUGUUGCAGCACUUCAGUACAAUUUCCACCCUCUACCUCACUGCGCCCGUGCCGCGAAUCGAACCGGUGGCGGCCUCCGAGGAGCGCAGCGGUGUGGCGUGCCGUCGCUUGUUCACGUGCGACAAGGAUUGCCACGUGCGUGUCAGUCGUUUCCCUGAGACAUAUGUGGUGGAUCAGUUUCUGUGGACGCACAGCGCCGUGCAGUCACCCGUCACGUGCGUGGCCGAGAUCGCCUGCGCAGAGGAUGCGGCGCUGUACGGCUCCUCGUACCAUCACGGUGCAUCCUGCGUCAAGAGGCCCAACAAGUCGCUGAGCGCACCGUAUUCGUACUACGCGACUGGCACCCACGCCGGCGACGUGUGCUUCUGGGCUGCCAAGAACAACGUCCCGGUGGAGAGCAACAGCGAGACGUUUCACCUGAUCAGCACUUUCCAUCCUCGCGCCCCAGGUGGCCAACCGGAGAACUUCGGCCCCGUCGUAGGGAUGACGGUGCUCACAAGCAGUAUAGAUAACUUUGGUAACCCGCGCGACUGCCCGCGCGGCGUCCUCAUCGCGUAUGAGCGGUGCAGCGAGAUCUUCUUUGUGCCCAUCUUUGACAAUGUGGGUACCUACGCUAUGCAUCCGGCAAUGGUGUCCGCCACCCGCACGCCACUGGACGCUAGGCCCGUAGCCAUGGUAAGCAGCAACGAGACCACUGCGUUUGUACUGAAACGCAACGGCCGCGUGUCAUUUCUGCACCUGUGCGUCGUGGCGUCCCCCACGACGGAGUUGCCCAAGACAUGCAGCUUCAAUGCCAAUAUCCCUGUGGAGGUGCAGGAGCUGCCUAUACGAAUGCCGUACCUGGAGGAACGCAUCAAGGCCAUCAUGUGCGGCCCCGCUGCCGAGGAAGGAACAGCGCCCGCAGCAGCAGGGGAUGAUAAGUUAUCUGAGCUGGAGGCGCUCGACUUGUGCGCUUCAUGGCGCUACGAGGCUGUUGACCCCCGCACGCGGCGGCAGCGCAACGACGAGGUCGACGGCGACGAAGACUCCAGAGAAGGCGGCGGCGAUGAAGGUGGAGAGGCUUUCUCUUCUCCGAGAAAGGGCAACGACAAGAAGAAGGCGCGGGUAGAGGCGUAG